AUGUUUCGAUUCAAGAGCGCCAUCUCGACUCUGGGAGGAGGUCAUGGUGCCCCGGUCGACAUUCAUCCCGACGAAGUCCAGUCAGGAGAAGAAGAGGAUCAGGUUCGCCCGUUACCUUCCCCUGCUCCCUCUACUGUCUCGGACACGAUGUCGGUUCCAGUGAUACCUCCAUGGGUGAGAGAACUGAAUAACUCUCGGACAACGAGACACAGUCGUGCUUCAUCGGUCGUGUCCACGCGAACCAAGUUCUCAACCACCACCUUACAAGAGGAUGCCAGAAGCAUCGACAUUAACGUUGGUGGACAAUAUUUCAGAAUCAGUCGAGAUGGUUCACGGAUUACCGCCGACGCUCCACCGCCAUACACUGGCCCCGGCGAAACCAUUCGCUUUCAAAGCGGCCAAGCGAAUGGUGCUCCCAAUUAUGAUAGCCAGUAUGCAUUUGACGAACGAGACCAGGACGCUUCUGACCCUGAGGAUGGAGCAGUGACUCCCACGUCGACCUCUGCUGUACGUGCUAAUAUUCUAGACCCCACAGAGUUCCAUAUGCCAUCUCCGGUGGGACACGAGCAGCUGAAUCACCGCUCAUCAUCUGCCACGCUGGUUGACUCUGCCCGGACGGCCGAUACAGAAGAUGUAUCGGAUCGGAGAUCGUCCUAUGAGGCUGGAGAUGACGUUUUGUCUAUCGAUAUGCAAGGAAGAAGCAGAACAAGGCCCCCUUCAGAGGACGCACCGCGCGCGACGAGAAAUUCAAUGCAUUGUUCGUCAUCUGUGAGAAGGGGAAACCGCCUCCAGUUGCCGACUCUCAUCACCUCAACUGAUAACCCUCGAAUUGUCAAUCGAUUCCGACGGUAUCGACGAGGGUCGGCUCCAUGCUCGGGGCGUCCCUUCGCAGUCCGAUCUGCGGGACCAGUGCUAUCCGGUCUUCCAGAUAGCCGUGAACCCCGAUCUCCCGACUAUAUUGGGAGGAAUGCCAACGGAGUAUUCCCGCUCCCUGUUAGAUCGGCCACGACUCGGCAGUCUGGCUUCACAGAGCACCACGGAUCAACCACUACAGCUUCAAGGACGGAAGGGAGGCCUUUCGAAGACAGUGAUGCACCGGUGAACAAUCACACUCCCUUACCAAUGGACAAUGAGAACGACAUCAGUCUUCAUUACGCUCGAAUGAUGCGUAAAUUAGAUUAUGGGCACCGGAAGAUCCUCCAUCUCAAGGAUAAAGAACUGGCGGAGCUGAGGAUGAGAUUGCACGAGAAGGAUAUUGUCUUGAGGCAACAACUACGAGCCAAAGACUUUCUGAUUGACGACCUCAAGACGCGACUGGUCAACCUGGAGGAGAAUAUGGAAACCAUGCUGGAAAAAGCACGGAAUCAGGUCGAGGACUUGUGGGAAUGUCGGUGGAAAGAUCGUGACUUCCACCUUCGAGAGCGAAUGAGACGGAUUGAAGAAGAGGCGCAAAGGACGAUCGAGAGAAUUCGAACAGGUCAGUCCAGGACCAACGAGGAACCGACCACUCCAUUGGCAGAAUGA